UGCCAUUUAUCAGAGCAAAGGCAAACACGUCGCAAAAUAAGCUGGGAUUUUUUUUUUUUUUUGCCCUUUGUGCUCCAACCCUGCUGAGCGUGGAUUAGAAAUCCAACAACCGAAGUCAGAGGAAGAAGCAUCACGCAGAGAAGCCACGGGCCAAGAUGGAGCUCCUUCCAAGCUUCUCCAUGGAGACGUGGCUACUUUUUACUGUCCUCCUGGGCCUUCUGGUGCUAUAUGGAAUUUGGCCGUACAGAGUUUUCAAGAAACUGGGCAUUCCAGGUCCAAGACCGUUGCCUUUCCUGGGAACUCUUUUGACAUAUCGCAGAGGUUUCCUGAAGUUUGAUAAUGAGUGCUUUCAGAAAUAUGGGAGAAUCUGGGGGAUUUAUGAUGGCCGACAACCUGUUUUAGCCACGCUGGACCCCACUAUUAUCAAAGCCAUCCUAGUGAAAGAGUGCUACACUACCUUUACCAACCGCCGGAAUAUAGAAUUAGUUGGAAUCCUCAAGAGUGCUGUCUCAAUGGCAAAGGACGAACAGUGGAGGAGAAUUCGCACGGUGCUCUCUCCAACCUUCACCAGCGGAAAGCUAAAGGAGAUGUUUCCCAUCAUAAAACACUACGGGGAGGUUUUGGUGCAAAACGUUCAGAAGAACGUGGAAAAGGAUGAGCGUGUGGUUGUGAAGGAUGUCUUUGGGGCCUAUAGCAUGGAUGUUGUCACCAGUACAUCAUUCGGUGUGAACAUUGACUCUAUGAACAACCCAGGAGAUCCUUUUGUCAAGGAGAUCCAGAAGCUGACCAAGUUCAGAGCUUUUGAUCCACGCUUUAUUUUGAUAUUUAUGUUCCCAUUCCUUAUUCCUUUUUUCAAAUUACUGAACAUAAAUUUAUUCGACAAAGAUGCUCUAAACUUCUUCACAAGGUCAUUUGCAAAAAUGAAGGAAGCGCGGCAGAAAGAAGGCCAAGGGAGUCGAGUGGAUUUCCUGCAGCUGAUGAUCAACUCCCAAAGUGCCAAAAGUGCCAACAGUGACCAGGAGAGCAACGGCUUGAGUCACUCAUAUAAAGGUUUGACUGACACUGAAAUUCUGGCCCAAGCCUUUAUAUUUGUUUUUGCUGGAUAUGAACCCACCAGCAACUCCCUCGGCUAUGCGGCCUACCUUUUAGCCACUCACCCAGAUGUUCAGCAGAAGCUUCAAGAUGAAAUAGACACUAUUCUACCCAACAAGGCUCCUCUAACGUAUGAUGCCAUCAUGCAACUGGAGUAUCUUGACAUGGUGCUGAGCGAAACACAAAGACUGUAUCCUCUUGGUGGGCGGAUCGAAAGACUGUGCAAGAAAGAUGUCGAAAUAAAUGGGGUGACUAUUCUGAAAGGCAUGGUGGUGAUGAUCCCACCAAGUGUACUUCACCGAGAUCCAGAAUAUUGGCCAGAACCUGACGAAUUCAGACCUGAGAGGUUCAGCAAAGAGAACAAAGAAAAAGUGGAUCCCUACACGUAUCUGCCCUUUGGGGCUGGUCCUCGGAACUGCCUUGGAAUGAGAUUUGGUCUUGUCACGAUGAAGGUUGCGAUGGCAAACCUUUUGCAACAUUUCUCGUUCAGAGUCUGCAAAGAAACUCAGAUUCCCCUGGAGCUGAGUAAUCUGGCUUUCUUAGUACCAAAGAAACCAAUUGUUCUGAAGUUUGUACCCCGAGAGGGUCCCCAAGAAAAGGCGAUGGGAAGGCCGGCUGCGCCCUCCCUGUAGCAGUUACAACAGCCUGAGGUCUGGCACUGUGCAGAUUCCCAGAAGAGAACUUCAGAUAAUUCUGGAGACCAUUGCUAAAUAUGUACAGAGAGCUGGACUCAUGCCUGUAAACAGCUUUUCAAACUCUUAAGCAUGGGGAGAAAUUAAUUCCAUUCACAUUUUAAUAUGAACCUACCAGAUGGACACUUCUCAAACCAAAACAGAAUUCACACUUCUCUCAGUUCGGCAAUGUAGUUUUCCAGCCACAGAAUGCAUUAAAAAAAGUGUGCAUUAGCGAAACGUGCAUGCAAAGGUUAGUGAAAACAUACAAAAAGUGCAUUCUAUUAAGGAAAAACUGCUUGCCAAAAUGCUUUUAUUAGGCAACAUUGCAUACAAGAAUGUAUAUAUUGGGGGAAAUGUGUACAGAUUUUUCAUGUGCCUUUUUCCUCCCUUGCAAACCUCUGAGGAAAUGGAACAAGCCAAUUCAAUAUUGGAAAAGUGAGGAAAUCAUGAGAAGCCACAUGAACAGAUUUAUCUUUCCUUUAAAUCAUAAUGCUCCUUUACUUGCCCGAGCUGUCGCUUUUAUUGUUUUAAGGCGGCUUUUAAGAUUGUUUGAAUAUUGUUUUCUCUUUUUUGGUUGUAACCCACCUUGAAAAUUCUUGAACUAUAAAGUGUGAUAAAAAAACUCUUUACAAUCAAAUCAAUAAAUCAUGAAUAAUAGGAGCACAUCCAGACUCGAAACUUGCAUCAGUUUGAUACCAGUUUAACUAUCGUGGCUUUCCUCGUGGUAUUCUGGGAACUGUAGUUUGGGAAGGCUGCUGAGAAUACUCUGUGGACAGAUCUAUUCUAUAGUAUAGAAUUCUAUACAGAACACACACAGCUAUAGUUCCCCAGGACUCACCAUGGCACCAAAACUUUCAUCUGGUUGACAGUAAAUCAGCUCAGCCUGUGCAGGCCUAGUCUGCAAAGAUUCCUUCCUCAAAUUUACACAUAUUAUAAUCCUGGGCAAUAGAUAUUUUUGUAGGAAUAUUCGGAGUGGGAUAAUCUGGUAAGAGCUUUUCCUUUUCUCUUUCUGGGAGCUGCCUUGCAGGGAAAAAUAUUUUUAAAGGUGAGGUAAAAAAAGAGAGUAAAAUCUUUCCGUUUAGCUAAUUCUGUGUUUUGGUUAUCACAAGGGAUACAUUGGAGCAGGUAUUCCCAAAGAGUGUGUCUAACAGUGGCAUAGCUAUGCCACAGGCAGAGGAGAGACGCCUUUAUCUUAAAAAGUGGGAAUUGCUUUGAUGGAUCAGAUCAAGGUCCAGCUAGUCCAGCCAAGUGUCUGGGAAGUUUGCAAGCAGGGCCGGCUGGUGUCGUGAUCUGUUUGACCACAACAUCUGGUAUUUAGAGAUAGUCUCUCUCUGAACAUGGAGGUUCUACUUAGCUAUCAUGGUUGAGAUUCAUAUCGUCUGUGUAACAGCCUUUGCCAACUUUUUGCCCUCCAGAUGUUUUGGGCUGGCUGGCUGGAGUUAAUGGCAGUCUAGCACAUCUAGAAGGCACCAGCCUGGCGAAGGUUGCUAUACAAAGGAUAGGAGUAGAGAUAAUAUCCGCUUCUAGCAUCUGUCCUGUGGAAAGAAUUGCAGGUGAGACAGGGAGGAUAAGGUUUUAUAUGUUGAUAUUCUUUUUUAUUGUUGUAUUCUGAUUUUAUUCAUAAAAUUUUUGUAUCCUUUGAGAUAUAUUAUAAAUGAGUAUAAUAAAUAAAUAAUAUUAA